AAAAAAAAUAAAAAAAUUGAAGUGUUUUUGAGCUUAUUAGUCAACUAUGGAUAAAAAAUUAGGGAAAAGAUUUGAAGGAAAAGUAGCAAUUAUAACUGCUUCUACACAGGGAAUUGGAUUUAGUAUAGCUGAAAGGCUUGGUUUAGAAGGUGCUUUUGUUGUUAUCUCCUCUAGAAAACAGAAAAAUGUGGAUGAAGCGGUACAAAAACUCCGUGAUCGAGGAAUUGAAGUUUUUGGAGUAGUAUGUCAUGUAUCAAAUGCACAACAGAGGAAGAAUUUGAUCGACAAGACCAUUCAGAAAUACGGGAAAUUAGAUGUCAUUGUGUCAAAUGCUGCUGUAAAUCCUACCGUGGCUACAUUAUUAGAAACUAAAGAACAAACCCUUGACAAGCUAUGGGACAUCAACGUGAAAGCCGCUAUCUUAUUACUUCAAGAUGCAGCUCCUUACCUUCAGAAGGGUUCCUCGGUGGUUAUAAUUUCAUCUAUUGUUGCUUAUAGACCACCUGCUUCCAUGGGAAUGUAUGGCAUAACAAAAACAGCUCUUCUUGGACUGACCAAGGCUCUGGCGGCUGAAAUGGCUCCGAAUACUCGUGUGAACUGUGUCGCACCAGGUUUUGUACCCACACAUUUCGCCAAGUUCAUCACAGGGGAUGCUAAUUUGAGGAGAGAAUUGGAGGCUAAGACAUUACUCAGUAGGCUCGGAACAACACAAGACAUGGCUGCAGCUACUGCCUAUCUUGCUUCAGACGAUGCAGCUUAUGUAACCGGAGAAACUCUUGUAGUUGCCGGUGGAAUGCAGUCUAGACUGUAGCAUUUUCGUUGUACUUCCUCCCGUCUUUUUUAAUCUCUUAUCGCGUCUCCAUAAGCCGACAUUACUAUCAUGUUAAGAAACUUUUUUCUGAUGGUAGUGUUUAAAAGUACACACCUAAAUACAAAGGGUACAAUGUGACCGGAGCAUUGUCUCGCUUAUUUGUCUAUAAUAUUAGUCGUGGUAUUACUCUUGUAGUUUCUUGUCCUUUGACUUCGGUUAUUAUCUAU